AUGGCAGUUAAAGAGAAACACUUAGAAAGUUCUUCCGAUGAAAUAGAAUGGAAUGUCGAAAAUGAAAUUCAAUUAUUCUUUGCUAUGAAUGGACAUAAACCUGUUGGUGUAAACAAAUAUUUUCAUAUGGUUUGCAUAUGGGAGAAGUUUCGUGCUGCCAUUCACAAGGAUGUGUCAUUAAAAAUGAUUUGGGAUCAUUUGGAAUCAAUGUAUGAUCUCAUGGCACUGGAUGAUAUGGAAGAUUUACCAUUCCCUAGUCAAGAAAUAGAGUUUUCUUUACCUGAACAAGAGUUUUUGGGACCAAUUAAGUCAAGAAAAAGAGAGGAACCAGAGCUAAAGUUGAAAGAACAAAGAGAUAAAUAUAAGGAAAUAAAAAAAGAGAAAGAUGUUAAAGACCCUGUGAAAAAAGACAUUAUUCUUCGUGACCUCAAAGGAACUAAAGAUGUGGAUAAAAAAAAGGAAGAGUUCAAGAAGUAUGUAAAGGAUCUAGAAAUGAAAAAAGAUAAACUUAGAGAGGUGAAAGAUGUUAGAAAAGAUCAUAAGUCUUCUAAAGGAAGAUCAAAAGGAAAAGAUGAUCCUGAAGAAACAACAUCAAAUGGAAAGAAGGAACGCAAAGAUUCUGAUUCUGGUCGUGAAAGUUUGAAGAGGGGUCCAAAAAGACCAACUAGACAAAGUAUGGAUAGCACAGUUAAAGCAUCCUCCAGUCCACGUGAUACACCACCACCAAAACGCAGAAGAAUAUAA